GGUUACCUCUUACACAGUAACAGUUCCAGAACCAAUUCACUCAGUAAAAUGAUUCGUUCUUCUCAGAUGAAUAUUUAUUUCUUGUGUAUUUUUGAUGGACAUAUUUUACUAGUGGGAAUGUCAUUUUGCGUAGUUUUGUGAUUGAUGCUCUUUGUUGUCUUUCUCCAACAUGCUUUUGACACAAGUAUAGAUAAGCUGGGCUGUUGUUAUUCAUGCGAUUGACAAUUUUCGGUGUUCAUCUGUUAAUGAUAGAGGAGGGUAGGAAGUGUUACGCCCAUAAUGUGUCGUCUUGUAUAUAAUUAAGGUUAUGACCAACGUAGCCUCUCAACGUACAGGAACAAUAGUGUUUUACAUGUCAUUAAGAAUUCAGAUGUGGAAUGUGAAGUUCGGACAUACUUAGAAGCGGUAUGUCUGCAAAAUGCCUCUCCUUUAGCCCGAUGGCUCCCUGUACUAAAUUGGUUGACCGUUCGAGUAUCAGAGAGUGCUUCCUCGAGCGAAAUUGAAGUUUGUGACAUUCUAAAAUUGAGUGAUGGAGAGUUUUUCAGAGCCAGAAAUGUGAUAAUUCUAGCAUUAAGAUGUGUUGUGAGUUUGUAAUAAUGUAAGCCUGGUUCAGAACUGGGCGUUUCAUGGCUGGAGUAAAUUGGUAUGCUGCUUACACAUUACAAAAAAGCUCCUGCAUGACUAAACCAGUGCCACUCUGUAGUCUAACUAAUCUUCAGCUGCGUUUUUUGUGUCCCACGGAUCUUGAGGAGGUUCGAGCAUUAUGUCAAGAUUGGUUUCCAAUUGAUUAUCCUUAUUCAUGGUAUGAGGAUAUUACAUCAAAUCCAAGGUUUUAUUCUCUUGCAGCUGUGUACAAUGGAACUAUCAUUGGUCUUAUAGUGGCAGAGAUUAAAGCAUAUCUGAAACUUAACAAAGAGGAUCGAGGAAUUUUGUCUCAGUCUUUCAACAGCCAAACCGAAGUUGGCUAUAUUCUUAGUCUGGGAGUAAGUAAAGCACAUCGCAGAAAUGGUAUUGCUUCUUUGCUACUAGACAACCUUAUUUCGCAUCUCACUACUAAUGAACAUGUAGAUUGUAAAGCUAUAUUUUUACAUGUGCUUACAACCAAUUCUCCUGCCAUUCACUUCUAUGAGCAUCGCAACUUUAGGUUACAUUCCUUCCUGCCAUAUUACUACUCCAUAAAGGGAAAGUGCAAAGAUGGCUUCACAUAUGUGUUAUACAUAAAUGGAGGUCAUCCACCUUGGGGUGUUCAUGAUUAUGUGAAACAUUAUUGUGGAAUGCUUUUUCACAUUGAUCCCUGCUCUGUGCCUCUUUGGUUGUGGCACAAAAUGAGAGCUGCUGUUCAUUGGAUUUGGCCUGGUCUUCAUAAUGCUUCUGCAACAUUUUUCUCGUACAGCUAGCCUCGCGCACAUGAAUGUAGAUCAACUGCUUGCAAGAUCUAUUCAGAGACAUAUUUUCCAAUUUCAUAUGGUGUAUUAAAAAAUGAGAUCAAGGAAUACUAGUCAUAUUGUUUUAAAGUGAAUAAUUUUUAAUUUUAUUUUGUUAGUGUACCUUUCAGAAGUUUAUUUGUCUUAAUGUUCGCCUUAUUGUGGAGAUUUAAUAUGCCAUGAGUUACAUAUACCUGAUUUCUGCAGGAAACAUUUAUUUGAAAGAACUAGUAAAUAAUAAUAUAGAUAUCAAUGACUUUGGCUAAAAGAAUAUUUGUGAUCCAUAAAUUUUUGAAUUUACUUCUUUUGCCUUUGUAAUGUGGGAUGACCAAUAUUUAUUCAGAAUAUUUUAUUUCAGUAGUUUUUACUGCAUGCAAGAUUUUUGUAGUGCGAGUGUAUUUAGAAUUUUCUUAAAACAAAAUGGCACUUGUAAAUGUUUCUUGCCAGUGUGAUUUAGUUUUUUAUGUUUAAAUACUAUGCUGUUGAUAUUCACUUUUUGUACAAACACUGGGCUUCUGAAAGAACUGCAGUAAGAAUUCAUCUAUCAGAUGGAAGAAAACUAAUCUCUUUCUUCCUUAUGUUAUAAUUUUGAUUCCUAUUUAACUUGAGGCUACCAGCAGAGUAUUUUCAACUUUUAUCACUUUCAUUCUGUUCAGUUUCUCUGGAAAAAUGAAUUACAGUACAAUGUAUUAUUUCAAUUGUUAAAUAUUUGGUAUAGAUAUUUCCUGUUACAAUAGCUCAUAUGAGUAUAUUCUAGUUUUAGUAUACAAAAUGUUAUUAGUGUUAAUAAGCUAGUGAAAAACGUAGAAUCAUUAUUUCAAACACAAAUGUGUUCAUUAUGGGCUCUUCAUCAUGUAAUCAAAGUUAAGGGUGCAUAUAAAACAUUGGGAGGUAUUUUUACAAUACUACCUUAAUGUGUCCUACCUUUAAGAUUAUAUUGUGUUGCACUCCAAAACUCAGGGAUGUGCCUAGAUGGAUGGUGAUUAUUGAUUCAAGUGUGAUAGGGUGCAAGGGAUUGAAUUGUUAAUAUAUUAUUUGCUGCGGAAAGAGCCUUCUUUUGAGAAUACAGCUAUUUUGUAUCUUUUUAUAUUCACUGCAUGGCUCUCUGCUCCAGUGCUUUCACAAUUUCAUUGUUACUGGUACUGAAUUUACACAUCAAAUUACUGUGUAAUUUUUUCUCCAUUUCAUAAUCAAUGCAGUAAUGUUACUGCACAUGUAAAAUAAAAUUAAUAAAUGCAUAUUUGGAGAGUUGUUGUUUUGAUAGUGGUCAAUAAAUUUCAUUACUUGGGAGGAAAGUCGGAGUGAACAUUGCUAGUGUGUUGGUUUAGAAAGAUAGUAGUAAAGGUGUGCUCAAUUGUAGUGUUAAUGAAAAAUUGAGUUUUUGUGUGCAAAGAACAUUGGACACUUUUGCUGUGGGUUUUGUGAAAUGUUAGCAAAGAAACUGACAACAUGCUCUAAAUGCAUAUGUUUCAGUUUUAUUGUGAGAGAAGAGCAUCAAAUUGCAGACAAGUGAGAAAGAAUGCACUGUGGCUAUUUCAUAGUCUUAAGAGUGUCAUGAUGGGAUUCGAUUUUUUAUAAGUAUUAAGUGCAUUCUAACUUAAAUGUCAGAUUAAGUAAAUCCAAACAUUAAAUAUUUGUCACUAAAAUAAUAUAGAAUAUGAAGUGAUAUUUACUAAGGUUUCAGCAAUAUUGCUCAAAUGACAUGUCCAAAAGUACAUAAAUUUGAAUUGAUAAAUCUUUAUUCCUCCUGUGUACAUUGGUUUCCAUGAAAAGCCUAUACAAAAUGACCAUUAAAAAUGUGAAUUCUUGAAAAAUUUAUUUUUGCCAGCAGUCUUGUAUAAAUAAAAUAUGUGAAGCUAUGAGUAAAUAUUUACAUACUACUACAUUGGAACUUUUACAUUGUGUAAAAAUGGACAUUUCUUCUGGAAGUGUAUCCAGUAAUGAUACAUUCAUUUUUGGAAGUUUUCUCUCUUGCUAUGAUAUUAAAUAAACAAGAAAGAAAACUAAAAUGU